CCCACCUGGCCAUUGACCACAUCCUCAGACACAGGUGGCCUUGCUGUCCCCAACCCAGCUGGGAGCUGCCCACGGAGGCUGAGGGAGUCAGAGCUGGGGACAGGGAGGACUCAGGCCACCUCCAGCCACUUCUGGACAUCAGCGCAUCCAGGCCACCACAUCCAUCCUCAGGCCUCCACGUGAAUGAAAAAGGGCGCCCACUCACCCGGGAACAGACAGUGGGGCCUUCCAGAUGCUUCUCUGCCAGGAAACGUGGCUGCCUCCCAGCCUGAGGGCUGCCCAUGGCUACAGGCCGCGUCAUCUCUCCUUCCCCUUGCAGACGUGGACGAAUGUCAGCAGAAACCCAGAAUCUGUAAAGGCCGCAGUGUCUGCAUCAACACCCUGGGCAGCUACACCUGCACGUGCCCGCCCGGCUUGGAGCUCAACCCAAAGGACCCGAAUCUGUGCACAGAUGUGAACGAAUGUGCCUCGGGGCACAAUCCCUGCCACAGCUCCACCCACUGCCUCAGUGUCUUGGGCAGCUACAAGUGCUGCUGCCGCCCUGGCUGGAAGCCGGUUCCUGGGUCCCCCAAAGGCCCAGACAGCACCGUCUGUGCAGGUCCAGAGCUCGGCUGCUGCCCUCCUGGGGACCCCUACCCAGAACACCUGCUCACAUACUCGAUGGCUCCCACGCGGACCCAGCAGCAUGAAGGCUGGGGGCGGCUGCUGGGCCAGGCACUAAGCCUUUAG